GACUGCAGCUUUACUGCUCGGUGCUAUCGGCGGUCUCGGCUCACUAAAACGGUCCCCGGCCGUAAAAUAAGGCACCGAUCGAGGAGCGCGUCGAGGCUGUCACUGAGCUCCGAGGAGGAGGAUCUCCGCAGCCGCUGCUCGUAGGAAAUCAGGAGUAACCGUGAGACGAGGAGGAGGGAGAGCGCAGGAUUCAUGGAGGCUGUGCAGCUCCACAGAGCAAAACGCCUGGAUUAACUGACUCUGGACUGGGGGGCAUAACUGCACAGUUUUAAGACAGACGUGACCGUGUUUCUGAACCAUCGCUGAGGUCAACUCCUGCCCGUACGGCGUGUUUUUGUGUUUUUAGCUUGGGCGGUAAAGUUCUCGGUGAUCCUCAUCAUGGCGGACCAAGAGGAGACUUUCGGCCUCGAGAACUCUCCCGGUGGCUCGGAUUCAAGAGAAGCACAGAGCGAUAGUAAAUCAGAGAAGCAGAACGGGACCUCGAGCAAAUCCCCAUCGUCCCAGACGACUUACAUCCAGCAGGGAAUGGAAGGCAUUAAAGUCUACCUGCACGAGAGGGAACUGUGGAUGAAGUUUGACGAGGUGGGCACGGAGAUGAUCAUCACCAAAGCCGGAAGGCGAAUGUUCCCCAGCUUCAAAGUGAAGGUCACGGGACUAAACCCCAAAACUAAAUAUAUCCUCCUGAUGGAUGUUGUUCCUGCAGAUGAUCAUCGAUACAAAUUCGCUGAUAAUAAAUGGUCCGUGACCGGGAAGGCAGAGCCCGCCAUGCCCGGGAGGCUCUACGUGCACCCGGACUCUCCAGCCACGGGCGCGCACUGGAUGAGGCAGCUCGUCUCCUUCCAGAAGCUGAAACUGACCAACAACCACCUGGACCCGUUCGGACACAUCAUCUUGAAUUCGAUGCACAAGUACCAGCCCCGGAUCCACAUCGUGAAGGCGGAUGAAAACAACGGCUUUGGCUCCAAAAACACGGCCUUCUGCACGCACGUCUUCCCGGAGACUGCCUUCAUCGCGGUCACGUCCUAUCAGAACCACAAGAUAACUCAGCUGAAGAUUGAGAACAACCCGUUUGCAAAAGGAUUUCGUGGAAGUGACGACAUGGAGCUGCACAGGAUGUCCAGGAUGCAAAGCACCAAGGAGUAUCCAGUCGUGCCUCGCAGCACAGUGCGACAGAGGGUUGGCUCCAGCCAGAGUCCGUUCAGAGGGGAGGUCCAGGGCAUGGGCACCCCGAGCACCCUGAGCUCCCAGUACUCCCAGUGUGAGAACGGGGUCACCAGCACUUCGCAGGACUUGCUGCCCCAGUCGGGCUCCUACCCCCUGCCGCACGAGCACGGCCAGGAGUUCCACUGCAUCAAGAGGAAAGUGGAGGAUGACUGUCACUCCAGUGAGCACAGCUAUAAGAAAGCCUACCCGGAGAGCUCGUCCAGUGAGGAGGACCAUUACUACCGUCCUGUCGGCUACGCCCAGAGCCUGGGCCUGGCCGGGGGGCCCUACCGUAACGAAUCCAGCCAGCGGCAGGCCUGCAUGUACGCCAGCGCAUCGCAGGGGGCCGAGCCCGUUCCAAGUUUGGAGGAUAUCAGCUGCAACACCUGGGCAAGUGUGUCGCCCUAUGGGAGUUGCUCCGUCACCACCAUGCAGCCGAUGGAGAGGCUGCCCUACCAGCACUUCUCCGCUCACUUCACCUCAGGGUCUCUGGUGUCCAGACUUGGCGGAGUCGGGGGCCACGCCUCGCCGCAGCUGGGCGACGGCCACCACCCGGCCAUGUACCCGAGCUCCAUGACCCACCCGACCCUGGGCCGCCAGUGCAGCCCCGGUGCUGGGAUCCAGUCGCCAACGACUGGCCUACAGGGAAACGAGUACCUCUACACACACGGCAUCCCACGUACAUUAUCCCCACACCAGUACCACACUGUACAUAGUGUCAGCAUCAUGCCAGAGUGGAACGAGAACAGCUAAAAGAGCUUAUCUGCCCUCUACAGGUGAAAGGGAAAAAAGGACCAAAAUCCAGAAGGUUUUAGAUGAAUCUAUAUUUAUACUCUCUAGAGAUGCUGUCCAUCUUAUUCAGAUCAGUGUUAGUUCGCUGACGGCCGUGGAUAUGUGUGAGAUGAGGCGUUGACUAUAGAAGAGCAAGCAUCUUCUUACUUAACUUUCUUGUGACAGCAUCUGCACUUAAGAAAAUGACAGAAACAUGAAGAAAGAGGAGUCGGACCAGAAGGAACACAAGAGACUUCUCGAGUGCAGACAAUGCAGACACUGAUCAGAAGAGGGAAACGCUUCAGAUGCUUCUCCAGGCGUCGGGUAGAUUGUGUCUUCAUGCAUUGGAGUUUUACUUCAGAGACAAGGGAAUAUGUUUUUAUCAUUUCUUUUUGUACAAAACUCUUAUUUUGUACCCAUGUCCCGAAUUCAUGUAAAAAAAAAGAACAUUGUCUUUUGUCACAUUAGCUUGAGUUCUCCAUUUAUUUUAAGUGUUUGUAGUUUACAACUUACGUUGUAGUAACAUUGCCAUGAGUUGUUUUUUUGGUUUUGUUUUAUAUGAAUAAGCGAAUGGGAGCUUUUGUUGUGGCUCUUCGGUGAAUUUGCGUGCUCUUAAAUCUGUAAGAGCGGUUAUUUGGUUCCCUGCUGCAGGGUUCAUGUACAUGCACGUCAACUAAAUUCAUCUUAAUUCUGCAAAACAAAAAACAUAGACAUAUAAAAUGCAACCGCUUAGACAACAUCAAUAACAUGACACUAGAGGAGAAAAAAACCUGAUCUAUAAACUAGACCUUAUUUCCCAUAUAUUGCCAUCAUGAUCCAAGAUUUAUGGUCAUUAACUAAUAUAACAGUUUGCAGGGUGCAUUGCAUUCAGAUUUAGUCCAGUCAAGAGCCAGAGUGAUUUCUGUUUUUCAAUAUAACUGCAGUUUAUUAAUGUUACUAACAUUUAUUACUUGAAAUACAAAAGCUUAAAAGUGUCCCAUUGUAGGUACUUCCACAUCGUACACUGACUAUGGACUUGUGUAGUAUGUGAAUUUUCAUGGCCAUUAGCUUCAUAGCUGUUUAGAAUUUGCCUUAUCAUUCAUGGUACCAAAUCAUCAUAGACUGCUAAAUUAACCCACUAAAUAAACUGAUGGCUUCAAUCCAACCACAACAUCAGUAAAGUGGUAUGAAGUGGAAAAAGAGUUUAGACAUUUAUAACUUGAAAUUGUUCAUCCCGCCAAAAAGUGGGAUGGGCUUCACCCUCAAAGUAUAAGUGGUCAAGGUGAUUGACAGAUGUAUUUGUUGACCGUUACAACCAUCGUCCACCAUUUUAACUACUUUGAAAAUAGUUUAAUCUUCCAUCAUUUCAUUCUCAACGUCUCUGCAGUUAUGUGUAGCCUACACCCUCCAGGUCCCAAUGGAGAAACAUCACAUUGCCAUAAGUCACAGUGUGAACCAAACUCGAUUUACCAAAAGCUUUAUUAUCAAUAAUCAAUGCCCCUAAUCAAUAUUACUUGAGAAUUAAUUGGUUUAGUCCUUGACCUGUUCUGGUUUUCUAAUCUGCAAAAAAAGCUUUGUUGAAAAACAUUUAAUUGGGAAUACAGUUUUUUGUAUAAAAAUGAAAAUAUUACAAAAUCAACUUUCUACCAAUUGUUAUUUUGUGAUCACAAGGGAAAUGUGGUUUUAACUCUAAAAUGUUGCAUUGAGGGAAAAAGUGCUUGUUGUUUAUUGGGAUUUCUCCUUUAACACACUCCACACACCUGACAGUAACUACACAGAAGCAUUGGUUGUCCCUCGUAGGGAAAUGUCUGUUAAUUGCUCUGCUUCAUCCACAUCUUAUUUUGAUAUGUAGACAUAAAAAUAGCAUCACUGUUCAUCUAAAAAAACAAUAAUAUUUUUGCCAUGUUUCAGCCCUGCAAUUUUGUGAAGGAGAUUUUUUUUUUAUCUAACUUUGCGUAAGCUCUGAUUGUGUGCUUCAUGCGGUCUCAUGUUGUACCCAGUGGAUGUGUGUGCUCUCACAUUUUAAGCAUUAACCCUCAAAGUGGCACUUCUCUGACAAUCAAACCCAAUCGACAUGUAAAGUAGCAGUUGGACACCACGUAGAAUGGAAAAUCGGAAAACUCAAACUAAAUUUUUACUCUACACGCUAAAGCAGAGGUCGGUUUCACCGUACAAAUGAGUGUAUGUUAGAGGUACGUUUUUACAUGGGGACAAAAACGUUUUUUAAAGUUUGUAGUCAAUAGAAUGUUAUUUGUCAAUAGUAUUUAUUUUCCCAACCAUGUACAUCAGCCUGCUUCGGCAUGUAUCAAAGAUAGAAGGUCCAAUUUCUUUCUUUCUUUCUUUCUUUCUUUCUUUCUUUCUUUCUUUCUUUCUUUCUUUCUUUCUUUCUUUCUUUCUUUCUUUCUUUCUUUCUUUUAUAGCUUGUUUUUUUAUGAUUGUUUAUAGGAUUUUCUAAUCAUACUUAUAUAGAAAACGGGAUAUUGUUAGACGGCCGUCCACAGGUAUCAAAAGAAGAUUAAACCACAUGAAUAAACUUUGUAAAUAAAACAUGUACAUAACAGAAUA